AAAAGCUGGUCCAAAUGUUGAUGAUCCCAGACCCAGCAUCAAUACAUCAAAACCCAAGAUUGACCAACCGAGGCCCAAGAUUGACCAACCAAGGCCGGAAAAUUAUUCCCCGAGACAUGACAUGGACACAAAAAGGCCAAGUGGUCUUGUUGCAGACCAUUCCUUCUCUAGUGUCACCUGUACUCGGUGGCGUCAUUCCUUCGGUCACGCCACCAACAGUUGUGUAUAAUCCUCCCGCUGCUAUGCCCAACACCAAGCAUGUCAUAAAUCUGGUCACUAACCCUGACCACAGGACGACCCUGAGGAACAUCCAACCUGCCAAGGACGUCCACUCUUCAUCUAAUGUAUCAUCCAGUGACAACCCUGUUGGAGUGAGAGACCCCGUGCAGCCAGAAAACCUCACCCCAGCAUCGGUGACCACUCCACCAGCCGAGGUCUCUCCUCCUCAGCCCUCCCCUGUGAAGCUGCAGAGUCUGGUGGUGAAGGCCCCGGCGGAUUCUGCCUGUGACUGUGAAGAUGCACAAACACUGAAAGCUGCUGAGAACAUGCCGACCUCUGCUUCCACCGCUCCGACAUCUUCUUCCACCGCUCCAACCUCUACCAUUCCUGAAAACCGAGAACCUGAACUAUUUCCAUCCCCAAGUGCACAGGAAGUUCCUGGAGAUGGUCAGGAGAGCCUCAGUCUGCCCAAACAGAGAAGUCAGAGCUGUACGGUCUCCAAAGAACCUAGAUCUGGACGCAAACCAUCCCUUCCUACGAAGGCUGACAGAACACUAGUGAAGCCUGGUAUUAUGACUAGCCAGCAGGGGGCCACAGUGAGCCAAAUGCAGCCCAGGCUGUGCCUGCAUAGACUUCCACCGUCCAUGGUCACACCAGGACGUCCUGUGCUUCUUGUCUCUAAUAACAGUGAAGAUGAAGAAGAAGGCGGAGACCUGGAGGACUCUCAGUCAGAGGACCCUCCUGACUUCACCAGACCUCUGUCUUCUCCGGACUUUCCUGACAGCCCGCUGCCUGCUGUGUGUUCGGUGUGCAGAUCUGCAGGCUGUCUACUCAUCUGCUCUUCAUGCCAUCUCGGCUUCCACCCGGGCUGUCAUGUGCCCCCUGCUGGUCAGAACAGUGGGAGGGACUGGACCUGUUCACUGUGUCAGGACCCCAGUGACCUCAGUGACCUCAGUGACCCCAACACACACAAUAGAAGACUAAUAUCAACGGGAAACCAUCUGAGUGUUCUGGACCAGAGGAGGUGUGAAAUUCUGCUGCUCCACCUGCUGGUUGAAAGCCGUCAUUGUUUGAGUCAGGACAGUAGCGUUCGCCUGCGGCUGACUCUGAUCUCAGACCGCCUGGCGCUGCGUCUCCUGCCGGCGUAUCAAACGUCUUCAGAGUUUUUGUUCGACAUCUGGAGCGUCUUCAGGGUGGAGCCACAGGGCAACAGAGACCUUGAUGACCUUCGACAGAUUUUUUACAACAAAUCCUCUGAAGUAUUUGGAUCAGAUCUGAGUUUCAAACCUUCACAGCAGAAGACAAUGGAACAGCAGAACUUUUGUGUUGGCGAUGAUGAAGUUGAGCAGCAGGAGGAGGAAGAGGAGGAGGAGGAGGACAAGGUGUGGCAAAGAUUCAAGAGGAAACGGUUGGAUUCAUGUAGCUCUGAUAUUUAAAAAGAACUGGACCACCAAAGCAAAUGGAAUUGUCGGGCAUGUAGUUUAAGACUCUGAAGACAUUCAUCCUGAAACUCUACUGGACCAGUAGAGGGUGCUGUGGUGGACUCACACCUAAGAUAGUGGGGGGGUUUUUUCUUCCCAGGUCAUUUUUUUUUUCAAACUGCUUUUAGGUGUUGGUUUCUGUUA